UUUCAUUUAUAUGCUAAUUGUUCUAAUUUCUUGGAUACCGUUGUACGAAAUGUAAAGUAGAAUUGUAUGUAUUUCGAACAGUUAUAAUUUGAAAGAUGUUCCGUAUAGUUUGGUUGAUAAUUUUCUUUUUUGGAAAUUGCGUUAAUUGUCGAUUAGAUAAUGAUAAUAUUAUUGAAAUUCAAAAUUCAAUGACUCGUGGAAGAUUUUUCCCGCUCUUCAGUGUAAUUCGUUUUGCAAAUUCACAAUGUCUUGCUAGCAAUAAUUUAAAUGGUACCUGUUUUACUAGAAGAGAAUGUCGUGAUUAUGGUGGAGUACCAUCUGGUACUUGUGCAAAUGGACAUGGCAUUUGUUGUAUUUUUCAAAAAACAUGUAGUUCCACAACAAAUGUAAAUAAUACAUAUUUUACAAAUCCAGAAUAUCCAACAACUUAUGAAGGACAAGGCAGAUGUACAAUAACAGUACAACGUUGUAAUUCAAAUAUUUGUCAACUACGUUUGGAUUUUUUGGAAUUUACUCUUGCUUCACCAAAUGCUAGCGGAAUUUGUGACUUUGAGUUUAUUUUAGUUUCUGGAUCUGGAAGUAUAGUACCUCGAAUUUGUGGAGAAAAUGCAAACCAACAUUUAUAUGUAGAUUUCAAUGGUGAUACACCUAUUAUGAUAUCAGUUGAUACUAACUCUAGAUAUAAAGAUCGUUGGAAUAUAAGAAUUCAACAAUUAUCUUGCGAUUCUACAUAUAAAGCUCCAAAUGGAUGUUUGCAGUAUUAUGAUAGUAUUUCAAAUACUGUAACAAGUUUUAACUAUGGCAUAACACAAAAUCCAAGAGCACCAAACUUUGGUACACGACAAAUUGCAAAUACAAAUUAUGGUGUAUGUAUAAGAAUGGCACAAGGAUAUUGUGCUAUUGAAUGGUCUCAAACAAGUUCAAAUUCAUUUUCUGUUUCUGGAGAUACAAAUGUAUUUGAUUUUAUAAUGGACCCUCAAUAUGCAGCACAAGCAGGAGAAAACUGUACUCAAGAUUUUGUUAUUAUUCCACAUCCAUUUCAAAAUGGUAUUGCAAUUGGUACAGAAAGAUUUUGUGGAAAUGGUUUUGUAACAAAAACAUCAUAUUCCAAACCAUUUGUAUUAUAUGUUAUUACAAAUGGAAAUGAAAUUGGAGACUUUGAAAAUAAAGGAUUUUCAUUAACAUACCGUCAAAUACCUUGUACAGUUUGAAUUGAUAUUUGAUAUUAUGAAAUAUAGAAAUUAAUGUAUGA